CACCGACCGCACGUGCAGGGCGCACGGCUUUGCCAGUGAGAGAGGAGGCGCCGGGUAGUGCGCAUGAUCGAGAGUAAGCGCUGAGACCACCCGGCGAUCUCGUGUUAUCCUUUACUCAGCUCUUCAAUUUGGACUAAACUACUGUCAUUAGUGGAGAUAUCGGCGCGAUCAGUGGUAUUUGAGUUCCUAGAAAUCUUAAGCAACUUUUAAGUUAUUUAUCUCAACGCUGACGGGAAGGUUUGUUGAGGCAUUUCAGCACCGGACAGCGCUUUCUCUCUGCUUGGCUCACAAGUGCGCGUCUGGCACGUGGCAAUGACUAUCCGUCAUAGCUGGUGGGGGGCAAAAGGAGAGAGCAUGGCGGACUCUCCAUAAUAUCCUCCCCACAGCUGCUGCUAACACGAACCACGAGAUAUGAGCAUACCGGAGUUCCUUCUGGAAGUGUCCAUUGUGAUAAUAGCUGUUGUCUCUCUGCUGACCAACUUGUCGGUGCUGCUAUGUUUCGUUCAGAGCAGCGAUUUAAGAGCCCAUGUACCAGGAAUCUUUAUGAUAAAUCUCUCUUUAUCUAACAUCCUCCUCAGUAUUAUCAACAUGCCCGCCACUUUUCUGGGGGUGGUCAGUGGCGCAAACCCCUUGGGGGACUUGUUCUGCCACGUCGUCAGCUUUGCCGAGACUUUUAUCACCAGUAAUGCCAUGCUGAGCAUGGCGGCGCUGAGCAUGGACAGGUGGAUAGCGGUAGUAUUUCCUCUGAGAUACUCCAGCAAGAUGCGCUACAGGGACGCUUUUCUGAUCGUGGCCUACUCCUGGCUUCACUCUCUCAUCUUUUCUCUCACUCAGCUGAUAAUGGACUGGGGAGGCUACAGCUACACUUACGCCUCAUGCACAGUUCACCUGGACUCGGAGCAGGUGUCUCAGCUGGGAAUCUACGCCACCUUCACAGCGCUGUUCCACGGUAGCAGCUUUGCGCUCUGCCUCCUCGUCUUGUGCUUCGCUUACCUGAAAGUUUUGAGAGUGGCUAAGUCACACUGCAAGAGGAUAGAUGUAAUUACAGUGCAGACUUUGCUUCUGUUGGUUGAUAUCCACCCCAGUGUGAAGGAGAGGUGCCUAGCGCAACGGAAGAAGAGAAAGCAGCGCGCCACUAAAAAGAUCUGCGUCUUCAUUGGCUCCUUCAUCCUCUGCUUUUCACCAUACGUUAUCACCAGGUAA